AUGCAGCAGAGUGUGAUGGGUAUGGAGGGGCUCUCACACCAUGAGACUGUGGCCACUGAGCCCCUGCUGUCUUUCUGCAUGCAGAAGUACGCGCAAGAGAAGUUAAAAAGGCUGGAGCAGCUUAAAGCAGAGAACAACGUGGCCUUGACACAUCUCCAACACCGAGACCAGGAGAUGCGGCAGGUGAAGCUGAAGACAGCUCAGCUGAGAACGGAGGUGACCCAGCUGAAGAUGCAUAACAUCUGUCAGGAUGUGGAUGCCAGUGAAAAGAAAGAGUGGCAGCUGCGGGAGAAGCUGCCUCUGCAGAUGGAGCAACUGAGGGUGGAGGUGGUUCAGCUGAAGAACAACGUGGCCUUGACACAUCUCCAACACCGAGACCAGGAGAUGCGGCAGGUGAAGCUGAAGACAGCUCAGCUGAGAACGGAGGUGACCCAGCUGAAGAACCGUGCUAGGAAACAUCAUUUAGAAAGCAACAAGAAGAAGGAAUGUCAGCUGGAGGAGAUGCAGCUGGAGAUGGAGCAGCUGAGGGUGGAGAUGGCCCAGCUGAGGGAAGAGAAUCAUCACAAAACAGAAAAAGUGCUGGAGCAGCUCAGAAGGGAGAACCUUGACACAAAACAGUGCUUAGAAAUGGCCACUGAGAUGAACAAGAAGCUGGAGAAGCAGCUGGCCAAGCUGAGGAGGCACCAAGAGAAGCAAAGCCUGGCUGAGGAAAUAGAGAACAGCAGAGAGAACCAGAGCCUGGCUGAGCUGGGACUGGACAGCUCUCAGAAGCGCAGCGUGGAUGAGGAUAGAGAGAGCGGCACAGAGAACCACAGCCAGGCUGAGGUUGGACUGAAUGGCUCUGAGAACUACAGCCUGGCUGUGGGUAGAGACAACGGCUUUGUGAAUCAGAGAGUGGCUGAGCUGGGCCUGGAUGUCCCUCAAAAGCAGACCCUGCCUGAGAAUGGAAAGCAGAACACACAGAACCACAGCCUGGCUGGGGUUGGACUGAAUGGGUCUCAGAACCACAGCCUGGCUCAGGGUAGAGAGAAAGGCUUUGUGAAUCACAGCGUGGCUGAGCUGUGCCUGGACAUCUCUCAGAAGCAGACCCUGCCUGAGCACGGAGAGCAUAACACACAGAACCACAGCCAGGCUGAGGUAAGAUGGGACCUCUGGAGAAUAUUUUGCCUUGCCCAGUGCCUCCCCCCUGUCCCCAUCAGACCUGGGCUGUGUCCAGCUCUGGGCCUGGGGUCCCUCUGUCCCUGCAGGGUGGGAGCGAGAGGGGAGGCGAGGGCAAGGGCCACGGCCCAAGGGGACAGUGCGGAGGGGAGCGCAGCCACGGGACUGUUGCUGUGUGCAGACGGCUGCUUCUCUUCCCCCUGUCCCACAGGAGCUCUUGCAGGUGCAACAAAGCGAGGCAGCUGCAAGGCUGGAAGAGGAGCAGAAGGACAAGGAUGUGUUGGCGAGGGAGCAGCAGGCAGACACACAGAACCACACAUACUGGAAACUCUUCCUGUUCUUCUUCUGCCUGAUGGUCUUCCCGAGCUUCGCUGUGCCUUUCGUGCUGCUCUACAGCUUCUCCUAUGA